AUGGAGAACACUGCGGAGAAACCAAGCGGCAAUAAGGCCACCAUCGUCAAGAACACGGCUCAGCUCUCCAAGAUCCCACGUCAUAUCAGUUAUCCACUCAAGGAGGAGCAAGAGGAGGAUCUACAACAGGCGAAUGCGGAGAACACUGCGGAGAAACCAAGCGGCAACAAGGCCCCCAGCACCAAGAACACGGCUCAGCUCUCCAAGAUCCCACGUCAUAUGCUCUCCACGGUUCCACAUCAAAUCAUCACUCAGCAAGCGGAGAACACCACUGCAAUUUAG